UGUGUUAUUUACUGGGUCUAUUUUGGGCCUAAAGGCAUACAUACACAUAUUAAAAGCCCAGAAUGUUCUAUCCUUGAACCGCUUGGUAGAAACCCGGUUUGACAUUUUCUAAUUUCUCAACUGUCACCAAAAAAAAAAAAAAGGUAAGAAAAAAGACCUUUGACUUUGCAAAGCCGCCGACGUUGACCGUCUUCUCUCUCUAUCCCACACUUGUUGCUUUGGUUGAAUAUUUGGUUACAGAUAAGGAAAAUAAAAAGCUCGACGGCGGCAUUAUUAUGCUUUUCUCUUUCCCCAAAGAUUCACAUUCCUCCUCCCACCGGAAAAAUCUACGCAGAUGUGGAGGCAAUGGCGGCGACGGCAGUGGCCAUCAUCCCAUCUCCUCCUUAUCCUCCUCAUAUUUGCAGCUCCUCUCCUCCGUUCCUCUUCCGCAAUUGAUUUCCUCUACAAUUCCUUCAGCUCCGCAACCAACAGAACCGACGUAGUCCUCAUCGAAGAUUCCCGAAUAGAAUCCAGCGUCAUCAACCUCAUCAACGACUCCGAUCCGCUCUCUCUCGGACGCGCUUUUUACCCGCGAAAGCUAUCAAUCAUACCCGAUCCAACUCGAAACCCGACCCGGCUCUCAUCUUUCUCAACUUCCUUCGUCUUCUCCAUCCUCCCUGACAUAUCCACAAGCCCUGGCUUUGGCCUUUGCUUCGUCCUCUCCAACUCCACCUCCCCUCCAAACGCCCUCUCCAGCCAGUACUUCGGUCUCUUCACUAACACCACUGUCCGAUUCAACGCUCCUCUCCUCGCCGUCGAGUUCGACACCGGUCGGAACUCUGAAGUCAACGACAUCGACGGAAACCACAUCGGGAUUGACCUUAACAACGUUGAAUCCACCGCAUCCGUCACCGCUGCUUACUACGAUUCUGUUAAUAGAAGCUUCGUUCCCUUUGAUAUGCGUAAUGGACAAAACGUCCAAGCUUGGAUUGAUUUUGAUGGCCCUAACUUCGAGAUCAACGUCUCCGUCGCUCCCGUCGGUGUGCGUCGACCUCUCCGGCCAACGCUUACCUUCCGUGAUCCGGUUAUCGCCAAUUACGUCUCCACCGAUAUGUAUGUUGGCUUCUCUGCCUCCAAAACGAAUUGGGUUGAAGCUAGAAGGAUACUAGCUUGGAGCUUGAGUGAUACUGGAGCUCUUCGAGAUAUCAACACUACGAAUUUACCUGUUUUCUUGCUGAAAUCUUCGUCGUCUUCUCUUUCAACCGGCGCAAUCGCCGGGAUCGUUAUCGGUUGUGUUGUCUUCUUAGGGCUAAUUGGAUUUGGGGCUUUUUUGAUUUGGAAGAAGCUAAUAAAAGAGGAGGAAGAAGAAGAGGUCGAGGAGUGGGAGUUAGAGUUUUGGCCUCACCGUUUCAGCUACGAAGAGCUCGCCGCCGCUACGGACGUUUUCUCAAACGAUCGUCUUCUUGGAUCCGGCGGAUUUGGCAAAGUCUACAGAGGGGUUUUGCCCAACAACAACAGUGAGAUCGCUGUUAAAUGCGUGAACCACGAUUCGAAGCAAGGUUUGAGAGAAUUCAUGGCGGAGAUCUCGAGUAUGGGUAGGCUGCAGCAUAAGAAUCUGGUUCAAAUGAGAGGAUGGUGUCGCCGUAAAAACGAGCUGAUGCUUGUCUACGAUUACAUGCCAAACGGAAGUCUUAACCAGUGGAUCUUCGAUAAUCCGAAAGAGCCAAUGCCGUGGCGGAGAAGGCGUCAGGUGAUUAACGAUGUCGCGGAAGGGCUUAACUAUCUUCACCAUGGAUGGGACCAAGUGGUGAUUCACAGAGAUAUCAAAUCAAGUAACAUCCUUUUAGAUGCCGAGAUGCGUGGCAGGUUAGGGGACUUCGGUUUAGCCAAGCUUUAUGAGCACGGUGGCGCUCCAAACACGACUCGCGUGGUUGGUACGUUAGGGUAUCUGGCACCGGAGCUAGCGUCUGCGGCGGCGCCUACGGAGGGGAGCGAUGUGUACAGCUUCGGUGUGGUGGUGUUGGAGGUUGUUUGUGGGAGGAGGCCGAUAGAGUACGCUGAGGAGGAAGAUAUGGUGCUUGUGGAUUGGGUUAGGGAUUUGUACGGCGGAGGGAGAGUGGUUGAUGCGGCGGACGAGAGGGUGAGGAGCGAGUGUGAGACGAUGGAGGAAGUUGAAUUGUUGCUCAAGUUAGGUCUGGCUUGUUGUCACCCUGAUCCAGCCAAGCGGCCUAAUAUGAAAGAGAUCGUUUCACUCCUGCUUGGGUCACCUCAAGAGGAUUUGUUGACUGGCCUCACGCCGGCCGCCGACGCAGACUCUGCGGCUGCUCACGCCUGAGUUGAUUCUUUUUUGUUUUUGAUGGCCUUUUGUUUUUGUUUUUUGUGAGAGGAAUAGUAUAUUUGAGACAGAUACAAAAUGGGCUAAUAGGCCCGUUGAUAUUGUACAAAAACCUAUUCAGAUGCAAAGACAUUACCAGACAAAUUUAUAGAAGUACUGUACGUAGCAGACAUUUUUUUGUA